AUGGUCAUCAUGAAGAUUAUUUCUUGUUUACUAUUAUUUAUUCUUCUAGUUAAGUAUAUUGAAUCGAAAAGGGCGGAUCGUACGUAUGUACUGGUAGAAAAUGCAAGAAGCAAUCGACUUGAAUUAAAUGGAUAUACAAUAUUUGAUUCAAAAGAAAAAAGAAGUUUAUAUCGAUUAACAGCAUCAAUAAGUGAUAUCGAUAGUGCCAUACUUUUUGACGAUUCCGGAAACAAUAUAAUCGCUAAUCUUGAAGGUGUAUGGAUAGGUGGCAAAGUUAAUGCUACAUUUUCUAUUUAUGAUUCAAAGUUAAAUAAAUGGACAGAUGGAAACAUACGAAGAACUGCUCAUUGGUUUUCUGUUGAUUAUACUGUUGAGUAUAAUAAUGAGCAAGUGAUUGCAAAUCGCAAAAAAAAUGCGAGCAAAGGAAAAAUUUACCAUAAAAAGAAAAAUGAAUUAUUAGCUAAAUUUCACGUUCGUUCUCAAUGGGUCUCUGAGACACCUCGUAAAUAUAAUUUGGAAAUUUAUUCGAAUAAAGUACCUGAUGCUAUUCAUUUUUUCUUAUUAUUAAUUAUGGACCAUCGACUACGUGGAAACAGCAGCUAA